GAAAUUGAAUGGAGGAGGGAAUUGAGUUGACUAUUCAUAAAGAUUUUCAGCGUAAGAACAAAGCUUACGACGUGACCUCCAUUCCCAUUUGCCCAAUGACGUCUGCUCCGUAUCUUACAAAGCCAAAAUCACCGACUGCGACUGCUUUUUCCCUCUCUCUUCCUCUUUUCUUCUUUUUUGGAGGCUGCUAAUUACUUCCCCCUCGCGGCAGGAUCAUUUUCUCGAGGACCCAUCUCCUUGAUAUGCUCCACACCACUCUGUUUUUGCUUGUACCCCACCUCGGGUAUGGCUGCCAUGGUCAAUUUUAACUAGUUUUUGCCGUCAGGGAAGAGUUUCCUCAGCCUACUGAAACUACCCUUCUUCGAUUUCAUCUGAUUCCUCUCUCUCUAUACCAUUUUUUUUUACUGGAUUCGAUUUCUUCUGGAAACCCGUGUUGUCGCUGUGGGGAUUCCAUUUGGAGCCAAGGGGUCUGGAGUUCGUGAUUCCCGAGGGCAAAACGAACGCCAUAUCAGCUUGCGUUGUCUCCUCAUCAACGAUGAUCGAUGUGAUUUCUAUGAUACCAUAUUGAGAUCUGCAUUUUCUGUCGGGAAUUUUUAUCCUCUUAUCAUUCUGGAGGAGUUCGGAUUUUGUUUCAUAUAUGUGGGUUGAUUGGUCAGUCCUCAAAUAGCUUCAGUAGUGCGGAGUUUGGAGUCUUCUUGCUGUAUUGCCAUCUGGGAGGGCUUCUGAAAACUAAAUUUGUAGCAUCGUUUUCCCCGAGUCCUCCUGGCUGUAGACGAUUUCCUUUUCUAAUCUAAAUGCAAGAUGGAGAAAAGGAAAAAAAUCACACAGUACCGGGAGAGGCUAGACAAAACACUCGCAUCUCCUGAUCUGAAAACCGAGGAGAGUAUUAGCGCUCUUGUGACAAAUCAACUACGUCGUUUGAAACAUGAAGCUGAAGGAUGUAAUGAAAAUGUGAUAGAGAGAAGAACUGCUGAAGUAUCAAAUUUUCUUGACAUGUUGAGGAGUGCUUCCAGUAAUAAUAAUGAUAGCGGCAGAGCUUCUGAGAUGGUGCAUCCAGAAUGGAAAAUGAAGCAAGACGACGAAGAGUAUCGAGUUAUGUAUCGUGAAGGACUGAAGGGCACUCCAUAUCAUACAUUACUGGUUGAAGGCUUUGUAGAUGGGCCUGUUGAUGUCUGUUUGUGCACUUCUUGGGAGUCUGAACUUUAUAAAAGAUGGUGGCCUCAAUUUAGUCUGCCGUCUUUCAAAAUUCUCUCCAGCAAAUGUCUCCAGAAAGUCCAGAUCGGUGAACAGAUCGCAUUAGUAAGGGUGAAGGUUUCAUGGCCUCUGUCGACCAGGGAAAUCGUUGUGCACUACUUUUUGUUUGAGUACUUUCAGGAUGAUCUUGUCGUAGUUCUUCUGAACUCGAUAUCUGAUUUGGACAGCAUUGAUAUAACUACUCAUGGAUUCACCAGGCAUGCUAUUCCAGACGCAGACGACGUGGUGAGGAUCGAUGUCGUGGGAGGCUUUGCUAUACAGAAGGUGACAGAAAACAGGAGCUACUUCCGGACAAUAGCAACCAUGGAUAUGAAGCUAGAUUUCGUCCCUCCAUCGCUCAUUAACUUUGUCUCGCGGCAACUCAUUGGCAGUGGUUUCAGACUCUAUCAAAAGGUAGUGGCUUCUAUGUUCAAAUCUGAUGAAGACUUCAUCAAGGCCUUGAAAGAUCCACUGUACACUCAUAUAAAUGAAGCUCUCUACCGGAGGAAUCAACAAGAUAAGGUGCUCGUGCUUGAAGAAAAACAGCUCGGUGAUCGUAUCGAUCAAACUGCUGUGCAUCAUUCUCAGGAACAGUGGCAGGAAAACUCAAUAGAAGACCAGAAGGUUCAUGGCAUCGAUGCAGACGAACCUGCCGUGGAAAUUAACGUGACGAAAGCUUUUGGGGAGAUCGAGGAGGAAGAGAGCAAAGAGAGUAGGCAUGAUGAUGAAGAGGAAGAUCAGGAUAAAGAUGACAUUUUGGGGGAAAGUAUUGCAGGAAAAUAUGAUUUUAAGGGUCAAAGAAUCUCUAUAAUCAGUCCAGAGGUGGAAAAGGCACUGCAAACUUUAGAUGAGGUCAUUAAUAUGAUGAGGAAAUGUAGAUUCAAUACUGAAGCAAAGGCUGGUUCUUGCUUGAGCAAUGAAAAGUUUCCAGAUUUAGAGAAGGAUGCUGCAAAAAGCUUGAGUACUUCACGAGAUGGCAAUGUCAGUCUGAAAGCCGAGCUUUCUGCUAGCUUGUUGAAGGAAAUCGCGGAGACGGAGAGAGCUUCAGAUGAACCACCUCGAACCAGCUCUACUCAUAGUUCCAGGCGCCUAGGAUCAUCAAAUUCUUUAACCAAGGAAGUAAACCACAACAAAAUAGUUCCAGCAUCUCCAGAGCAGAAAAUUUCGCCCCCAGGACCUGCUCAAGUUAACCACGGGACGUCGAGUUCCAUCGAACACAGAAUGAUAGACAAUGCACAUUUGAAUCAAAAUUCACAUGACCGCGAUAAACAACCAAUCGACGCGCCUAAUGGCAUCGACGAUACCCGUGAAGAUGCAGCGGAGAGGUUUGUGAGGAAUAGAAAAAACCGAUACUGGUGCUUUCCGGGCAGCCCAAUACGGCUCAAGAAGGGAAGAAGCUGAAAUGCAGUUGAAAUCCCGUUAAAGGUGAAGCAGAAAUGGCAACUGAUGCUUUGACAAGGUUUCUUCUUUAACAUCUUACUAUACCUGUAAAAAUAUUGACAAAUCUCCACUGUGGCUGAAUUUUUUUGUCUCUCUCUUUUUUUACUAUUAUCUUUUUCAAUAAA